GGAGACGGAACUUGGUACGCGAAUAAUAGUGUUUUCCACCCGUUCAUGAACACAGUGAUUUAAAGUAAUACCGUACAUGAAUAGAGUGUUCUUUUAGAAACUAGCGUAGAAUAAAGUUGUAAAAUUUAUUUUAGUUAAUUAAAGUAAUAAAGUUAAUUUUGCAAAAUGAUGAAAAUCGACAAGGUUCCCUUUGAGGAGGCUCUCAAUUUAACAGGUUUCGGCAAGUUCAACGUUAUUUCGUUCUUGCUGUGCAGCAGCAUCAUCAUGGGCAUGGCAUUCGAGCUGUUCUCGGUGUCGUACCUGGUGCCGGCCAGCGCCUGCGAGCUGAUGACCACCAGCAACCAGCAGGGGCUGAUGGCUGCUGUGCCACUCAUCGGUGUGAUCGCGACUUCCCACUUCUGGGGCUACUUGGCCGACACCAGAGGCAGGCGGAAGGUGCUCUGCUUCUCCAUGACCCUCAGCUUUAUCGCUGGCGCAUUGGCAGCCUUCUCUCCCGACUGGAUUACAUUUAGCAUUCUAAAGUUUCUGUCGUCGAGCGCUGUCUCUGGAGCAUUUGCUUUAUCUAUGACACUACUUAGCGAAAUAACGCCUGAAGCGAAGAGGUCCAAUCUGGUCAUCUUAACUUCUUCCGUCUUCCUCUGCUGCAAUGGUUUUAUGGCUAUUAUCGCUAUUCCUGUGCUUCCAUUGAAAUUCUCCUAUUACGUGCCGUUACUCAACAUCUACUUUAACUCUUGGAGGGUCCUGAAUCUUAUCUACAGCUUGCCCUGUGCUUUGAGCGUCAUCGGUUUGUACUACUCGUACGAGAGCCCAAAGUUCUUACUCAGUGUCGGCAAAGAAAACGAGGCUCUGAAGAUAAUGGAAACUGUUUUCGUCAUUAACAACAACAAGAGCAGUGACGAGUAUCCUGUGAAGUCAAUGGUUUUGGACGAAUUGUAUGCGACACAUAACGCUAAAGGGUUCUUCGCAUCGAUAAAGUGUCAAACCAUACCACUGUUUAAGCCUCCACUACUGAGGAAUACGAUACUGCUAUCAGUGACCUUUAUUAUCGUAUAUAUUUGCAUGCAUCCACAUAUGGUGUGGCUACCAUACAUGACAGACGGUUUCAUGACGUCCGUCCAAAGGGGAGAACACGGAAUCAACUUCUGCCAGAGGCUGAGGAAUUCACAGAACGAUACUGUGGUUCAGAUGGAUGACGACUGUUCGUUGAAUGAGUUCGCGCUGACCAUGGUGUUCGCUGUGGGUCUCCUGCUGGCGCUCAUCAACACUAUCGUCAGUACAAUUGUCAACAUCUUCGGCAGGAAACGUUUACUGAUAACAAUCCAGUUAAUUGCGGCUACUGCUGCUCUCUGCGUGAACUUCACCACGACUUGGUACCUCAGUGGCAUCCUUAUCAUCACCUUCAUCUCUGGAGUCUUAAACUUCGGGUUGCUGUCCAGCUUCUGUGUUGAUGUCUACCCAACUUAUGUCAAAGCUAUGGCAGUAUGUUUAACGCUGAUGAUGGGUCGUGGCAGCGCAGUGUUAGGAGUAAACCUUCUAAAGUAUAUGUUGGACAACCACUGCGAAACUUCAUUUUACGUCUUCGGCAGUGUUGCCUUAGUUGCAGCGGUGCUUGGUUUUCUAUUACCAAGUGAAGCGAAGCCACCGUUAAGGGAUGUCUAUGAAAAAGAUAAUAUUUCAACUUGAAGGCAAUUCGAAGUCCGUAGCCAAAUGAAAUCUCUUAAGAUCAUGGACCUGGGAUUUCGAUACUUGGUCCAAGCAUAAAAUUAAUAAAGCACAAU